AUGGUAUAUAGUAAUAAUAAUAGAACCCUCGAUUCUGUUCCAUCUGGUACAGUUCAUGUUUCAAUCUGGAAUCGAAUCGAAAUUUUAUCUGGAAAAUCAGGAAAUCUCUAUGCAUUUAAAGAGUGUUCGACAUCAUUAAAAUCUAUUUCAUUUGAGAAUAAUCCUCAACUUAAAGAAAUUCAAAGUUAUGCUUUUUAUCAAUGCACAUCAAUAUCUGAAAUUGAUCUUUCAGUAUGCACAAAUUUAAUUAUCAUUGGUAGUUAUUCAUUUUCUGGUUGCACUUCAUUGAAUUCAAUAUUUUUGCCUAGUAAUCUUAUAAAACUGGGCGAUUAUUGUUUUUCGAAUAUCAAUGCAACUUCAAUUUCACUUUCUGAAAGCAUUACUUCUAUGCCUCCUUCAUGCUUCCGAGGUUCUAAAUAUUUAAUUUCAGUUGAGAUUCCUCUUUCAAGUAAUAUUACAUCAUUAAGUAGUCAUUUUAUUGCAGAGACUCCAGUUACUAAAUAUACAAUUACAGAUAAAGUUAAUUAUAUUUCUAAUAGUGCUUUUUCUUAUUCAAACAUUGUUACUUUUGUUGUAACUUCAGGAAAUGAAAAAUAUAAAGUAAGAAAUAAUGCAAUAAUAAUAAGCACAGCAUAUCUUGUUUAUCCAAAGAAACUGCCAGGUCCAGCUACAGUUCCAGAUGGUAUAACUAUUCUUGAAGCUAAUUGCUUUAUGGACAGCUUUGUAACAAGUAUAACUCUCCCGGCAUCAUUGCGAGUGAUUGCGCAAUGGGCAUUUGUAAGAUCCAAAAUUGAAUCAACUGUAAUCCCAGACACUGUCACAUCAAUUGGAUGUAAUGCAUUUUACAUGUGCAGUAACUUGAAGAUAAUAAAGCUUCCUAAUAUAUCGACUUUAGAAACUGAACUUUUCAAAGGUUGCACAUCAUUAACAGAAAUAGAAAUUCCAUCAUCAAUAACUACAAUAAAAGAUGGUUGUUUUGAUGAAACUAAUCUAUCUGAAGUUGUUUUACCAGAUUCUGUAGAGUCAAUUGGUGGAAAUGCAUUUCCUUCUAAAACAAAGUUGAUAUUUGGUAAGAAUUCAAAUUAUUACAUUGACAGCCAAUACUUAGUUCUUGACAAACAGAAUAAGUCUAUUUCUAUGUGGUUUGAAGCCAAUUUAACUACUAUUACUAUUCCAUCUACGGUUGAAACAAUCCAAACAAGAGCGUUCAAUAAUAAACAAAAAUUAACUAAGAUUGUUAUUAACUCAGACAGUGCAUUAAACAAAAUUGAGAAAUACGCAUUUUAUAACUGUACUAAUCUUGUCUUUGCAAAUUUACCACAAGGAAUCGCGAGUAUUGGCGAAUAUUCAUUCUAUGGCUGCCAAAAAUUAACAAACAUUGAUCUUCCAUACUUGAUUAACAUUUCUAUGCAUGCAUUCGAGAAUUGCAUCAAUCUUGUUUCGAUUGAAUUUGAAACAUGUUCUGUAACCACUCUGGACGAGAAGACAUUUUAUCAAUGCCAGUCACUUACAUCUAUCAAGUUACCACAUACAUUGACAUACAUUGAUGUUGAGUGUUUCAAGAAUUGUAAUUCAUUGACAUCAGUAUCUUUCCCAUCAACACUUGUCAGCAUCAUAGACUCAUCAUUCGAAAAUUGUAACAUCAAUCGCCUUAUUUUAUCAGGAUGUAACUCAAUGACAAAAAUAUAUGAUUUCUCAUUCUCAUCAAACACAGGUUUGACAGAAGUCUCAUUCCCGACAAAUAUCGAAUCGAUUGGUGUCCACUCAUUCUCAGGCACAUCAAUUCGAUCUAUCACUCUCCCAUCAUCAGUCAAGAGCAUCUAUAACUACGCAUUCUCAGAAUGUUCUAAUCUCCAAUCUAUUUUCAUUCCUAGCGACUCACUUCUUAGUGAGAUCGGUAUUGGUGUUUUCAAAUCAUGUUUCUCUAUCUCAACAAUCGAAUGCUCAUGUCCUCGCUACUCAGUUUUCAGUGGUGCUCUCUUUGACUCACAGCGUACUAAUCUCAUCUUAUUCCCUCCUGCCUCAAAUUAUAUUUACUUUUCUCUCCCAGACACAACUAAGACCAUCAGUUCAUCAGCAUUCCAAAGCUGCAUCUAUCUUGUCUCUGUUUUCAUUCCUAGCUUCAGUGUUACACGAAUCUCAUCUAAUGCAUUUGAGGGAUGCAUCUCUCUGAAAAGCAUCAACAUCCCUCUUUGUGUUACAUAUGUUGGUAUUGAUGCGUUUCUUGGCUGCACAUCACUUGAAUGUGGUCUUAACAUCGAAAGCAAGAACAAAACAUUUGUGAAAGAACUAUUGAAAGACUCACAGAUUCCAUCGAUUUCAAUUUCAUCAUGCAGCAAUCUUUUAUCAUUUAACUGCAAAUGCAAAUGCAUUUCCAUCAAUAAUUUAACUCCUUUCAUUAUUUUCAAUUUGAUAUAA